AUGGAUGAUUUUAGCCCUCCGCCAUUGCGGGCACCUACGGCAUGUGUUGCUUGCAACAAGAAAAAGGUUCGAUGUAUUUUCGACGAAACUUCUGAUGUAUGUCUGAACUGCCAACGACAUGAAUGGCCUUGUUUUCAACGAGAGCGUAAGAGAAAGAGAACACGGACCGAUGAUACCCAAGCAACGAGAAGACGAGUCGCUUGGGGAGUGUCCGAAGCGAGUAAUAUCAGCCCUUGCACAGUCGAAUCAUCCUUGACAAGUUCCGAAGAAAUCCAUGACCGGGACCAACACCGCCACAGAAGCCAAAGCAGCAUAGCCGGCAUCAGAGAUGCUCUUCCAACCCCAGAGUGGUCCAGGGUAUCUGAACCCUCACGGUCAGUCUCAAACCCAUAUUCUUCUGCUCCAAUCCCAAGCUUCAUGGCCCGCUCUCGUUACUUCGAUGAUACAGUAGCCAUCAACGAGGACCAAGCCAGAUCGUACCCGACAGGAGAGGCAGACGGCCCCACAGAAGAUGAUAUCCAACUGCUACGAUUGCAGGGCGCCUUUGAGCUACCACCACGGUCUAUCCGUGACGGCCUAAUCAACACAUUCAUGGAACGAUGUUCACCAUGGAUGCCAAUCAUCGAACGCAGCUGGCUUGAAGAAAGUGGUUCUCAGAAACCGUCCAUGCUACUUCUUCAAUCGAUCUUCGUUGCCGCAAGUCGAGUUACCUCGGCGCCGGCUGUCACUGCAUAUGCAUCUUCGCAUCAGUUUUACCGCCGCGCAAAAGCUUUAUUCUGGUCUGGUUUUGAGAGGAAUCCAGUGACUGUUGUUGCUGCAGUUUGUAUUUUGCAUUGGUAUAAUCCUGAAGGACCGGAGCAUGUGUCUACCAACACUAGCGGGUUUUGGCGAUAUGUAGGGGUUGGCUUGGCUCAUCAGAUUGGACUGCAUAAGGAACCGACUAACAAAAGAGAUGCUCCUUUGAGGCGCAGGCUCUGGUGGACUUUGUUUGCUAGAGACUGCUUGAUUUCCGCCGGACAGGGUCGGCCGCUCGCGGUUGACAUGGAAGAUUGCGAGCUGGCACCACCCUGUCUCGAGGACUUUCAAGAUUCGAGCUCGGAUGUCACUCUAUUUAUCGCAUAUGUGGAAAUCAGUUCAAUCUUGGGCCAUCUUACCCAACACUGUCGACGCAAAACUCUCACGCGUCAGGUACGACAAAACAUCGAGAAUCAGUUAUAUCGAUGGACAAGAGAACUCCCACGGUCCCUACGCUUAUUUCGCAGUGACAGCAGCCCAGGGGACUCAGGUUCACCCAAAGGCCUGGCUCAGUACAACUUUGAAGCGCGACAGCUUCACAUCCCAUACUUCGUUUGUCUUGCAAUCAUGUGUCGGCCGAUUUCUGGAAACUUGCCUUCCUCGGCAGUGAUCCUGGCAUCCUCAUUUAUAGCGGGGAUCUUCGAAGACUUCCUUGCUCGAGAUGAGGUCCAAUUCCUGGGUCCAAUCUUCACUUUUCAUUUACUAGCUGCUGGAAUUGGUCUGCUUUCAAGCAAAAAUAUUUCCUCCCUGUGGGGGCAAGCGGCUGGUAGUUUGGAAACAAUCUAUCUGGCCCUUGAUGAACUUGCAAAACGCUGGUCGUCUGCAAAAGGUAGUCUCAGAGCACUGAGGAGCAUUGCCGAGAAGCAGCAAAGCAUAGCAACACCAGGUCAAGUGCCGGCGAUGACGCUCUUAAGGGAAUACUGGCACUACUUCGAAGGAUUCGGGUCGGAGCUUUCCUGGGCAUGGCCAUGCUUCAUGGAAGUCGGACAAAAUGAGAGCAACGAUGGCAGUGGCACACUAGCAUUCGGUGAAUCGGAUGCUAUAGAUCAUUUGGCCGAGUCCCGGGUACCGGGCGAUAUACCUUCUGAGUAUCGGCCUCUUACAACGGUCUUGGACCCGAAUACUGGGUUUGUCAUGGGUGAUAUGCCGCAGCACAUGACGGGUGACUUCUUUCACGAUCAAUAUCAGGGCAUGGGAGAUUGGCUAUUCAAGGAUCUCGACUGGAAUGGUGAGAUAACUUGGUAG